AUGAGCGCCUGCCCCGCCAAUCGCGCGAUCAAAUCUACGAGCACUACCCUGCUCUUUCAGGUCCUUUCUGACCUCCAUCUCGAGGUUGGACAGGACUAUGCCGUCUUUGAUUUUCCCGUCACUGCACCACAUCUGAUUCUCGCCGGCGACAUUGGUCUUCUCUCGCACUACGACGCCUAUCUGGACUUUAUCAGCAAGCAGACCGCACGCUAUGAUCGCGUCUUUCUCGUCCUAGGCAACCACGAGUUUUACGGCCUCGACUUUGCCAAGGCGCACGCAACCGCCAGGCGGUUGGAAAAGGAGCCAUGCUUGCAAGGCAAGUUGUCCUACCUCCAACAAACAAGAUUCGAUUUCCCAGCCGCCAAUUUGACGAUUUUGGGCUGCACGCUCUGGUCCCACGUCCCCAAUGAUGCCAAAGAGGUUGUACGGCAGAGAGUGAAAGACUUUCGCCGGAUCGAGGACUGGACAGUGGACAACCAUAAUCGCGCGCACGCGUCGGACGUUGCUUGGCUAAAAGCGGAGCUGGCCAAGUUAGACCCGGGCCAGUCAGUUCUCGUGGUGACACAUCACGCGCCUUUGGUUCUGGGGACAUCCAAACCCGAACAUCUUGAGAAUCCUUGGACCUCUGCCUUUGCCACAGAUGUCCUGUCCGACGAUGAGACGUGGGAUGUGGUAAAGUACUGGAUCUACGGGCAUACGCAUUAUUCGACUGAAUUCGAGAUGCAUGGGACUCGUGUGGUUAGCAAUCAACGUGGUUAUGUCAUUCGUGAUGCAUUCGGGGUCAAGAAAAGAAAUAGGGGGUUUAAUAUGCACAAGACCAUCAAGGUAGCCUUAGAAAAAAGUGAAAACUUUGAGCGAGUUUAG